GGUAAGUUGUUAUCCGGACACAAAAUUAUUAAAUAAUGAUCUUUAAAACGAAACACGAUAUAAACCAAAACCUGUCCAUAAUCAUGUGGUUUUACUUAAUGUGGAGUUAUAUCUAUGGGUACAUAAGAAAAGUAAUCAAAUGGUUUCUGCAUAAAACCACCAAACUCUGCGAGCUACAACGUAUAUGUUACUUGCAAUCGGCUGGAGUGAGCCGGACAGUCGGCGUGGAACGUUGUUUGCGCAGUUCCAGUAGGCCGCAGAUACGUGGCUUGCUAACUGUGUUGGACGCGCGUGCAAUGGACAGAAAUUUCUAUUCUGGUCGAAAUAUUUUAGUGCCCAACGCAGUGUCCACCAUAAGUCGGGUCAAACGAAUCGACCAGUGCGAAUACGAGCGGUUCACCACCUCUCUGACGCAGUGUAUCGACGACAUAUGGUCAUACAUGCAAUUGGUUGAAGAAAUCAAAGCGACGGCGGCAAUAAAAUAUGAUUGUUGUAACGACGUGCACGAAAAAUCUUUGCUUUUGCUGUGGAAUGAGUUGAAACCGGACGAGCAUUUAGAAAACAGAGUGACGAAACAGUGGCAAAACAUCGGUUUCCAAGGGGAAGAUCCAAAAACAGAUUUUCGCGGCAUGGGCAUGUUGGGUCUCGACAACUUAGUUUACUUUGCUUCCAAGUACACGCAUUUGGCCAGAAGUGCUCUCUUGCGGUCAAUGCACCCGAUCCACGGGUACGCUUUUGCCAUCGUGGGCAUUAACUUGACAAGCAUGGCUUUGGGUUUGGUCGUAGACGGCUCUGCCAAAACGCAUUUUUAUAACAAACGCAAUGCGCCAGAGUAUGAAGAUUUCAAUGAGUUUUAUUGUUAUCUAUUUUGGGAGUUUGACAAAUUUUGGCAUAACGCAAAGCCUAAAGAUCUUAUGGAGUUCACCAUUCACCGUGAGCAGUUUGAAAACAAUAUUAGGCAAAGGCUGGGGAAAAAUGAUACUGUUUUUCAAAUUGAUGUUCCUACCGAUGUAACGACUGAAAAGUUCGAAAAAUUGUAAUCUAAUUACUAGUAUAUACAUUUAUAUAUACAUAAUUAUUGAAGUACAUAAUAUAAUUACUAUUUAUACUUUGUUAAGAAAAUUGGUCAUUAAAUAAAGUGAAAAAUUAAAAAUUAUUGGUGGUUUAUUUAAAAUUGAUUAUAUUUUUAAUUUAAUUUUUUUGGCUUUUAAAUUUAUUGUGUACAUAGUUUAUUUUAAUAUUAAUAAUUUGCUUAAAUAUAUGAGUUUGUGGU